AAAAACAAAAAUUUUAUUUAAGUUUAUUUUUAUAUUUAUUUCUUCGUAAAACUUUUUCUUUGCCUUCUUUAUUAUUGUUUUGUUAAACGCUACUGACUAAACGUUACGCACAGUUAUUCGCACAAAUAUUUUACGCACAAUUUUUUCUUACUUGGACGCACAGUUAAACGCACAAAAUAAUAAAAACUAAGAAAUUACAAAAUAACCAAACAACCAUCAUCAUGGGAUCUACGGGAGCCGAACGUUCAUUAGGAUCUGGAUUAAUUCCACAAUGGAUGAAGAAUAAAGUUGAUGUCAAAAUGGAUUUGGAUGAUCAUGCUUUCUCACCACCAAGUAUUGAUGAUAGUUUCUUUUUUAUACGUUACAAACGUGAAGAUGACAAUACAUCAACAUCGAGCAACAACAGUUCAAGUAGCACAAUGUCAAAUAUAACAACACGCACAAGUGCAAUUAAAUUAGCAGCAGCAAAUGAAAAUGAUAAUGGUUAUCGUCCAAUCACACAAUUAAUCAGACAAGAAAAUAUUGUACCAAUUGAUAAGAAAGUACCGAAAUUUAAUAAACAUACGGUACCAUGUCAACAAUAUCUUGCACAAACACAACAAAUCGGUGUUACACCAGAUAUUCCAAAAUCAAAACAAAACACACCAGGAGUUGUACGUGUAAAAUCAGCUGGUACAGACGACGGUUUCAAGGGUGAAGGAGCUGCGUGCGGUACCUCAAUUAUCCAAGUAGCAAAUCAAAUGGUAUCUGGUAAAUCGUUACGAGGUUUCCAUCAGGCAUCACUUGAUGGUGAAUGCCCUUCAAAUAAUGUUCAUUCAGAUUCACCACCUUCAAGUAUCCCACAAGGAUUUGAUCCAUUCUCACGACGUGGCAGUAAAUCUUUACCAACUACCCCACUAACAUCACCGAAUUCAUCGCCAAAAUCACGACGUAAAUUACAUAAUCGCUACUUUACUGGUGCAUUUGUUGAUAACGUUGAACGAUAUCAAGGUAGUUGGAUCCUUUCUGGAUUACUUGGAACCCGCGAGGUUUUAAGUCGAUCAGCGAAUACCAUCUCGGAGGAAGAAUUCACGACCUCUUCACAAAUUGACACAUUUUCAAAAUCAACAUCAAAAGUUGACGUGAACAAUGUAAACAUGGAAGCACCAGAAACACCUCCAGAAUCGAUAACCCAAUCAGAUACAAUCAAAUCUCAAGUAUUUCGUCCAAAACCAUCAGAGUUACGAGAAAUGAACUUUUGGUCACCAACUUCAAUGUGAAUUUAAAACCAUACACCACUCUUUUAAUUUAAUUAAUUUGAGGUCCAAAUAAAAUUUGCUACUUUAAUUUCUCUCAAUUCAUUUUAGAAUUUGCAAAUUUUUAUUUAAGUAUUUUUAUGUGGAAUUCCAUAAUUUAUUUAGAAUUUUAAGAUUAAUCUCAUUUUCAUUUGUGUAUAAAAAUUUAUUUUGUGUUGUGAAAACUUGUGUAUUCUCGUUUCGACAUUUAAUUCCCACAUCUGCCCUUUUCAUAUUCAGUGCCCCCAAACAUUUCAAAAUCAUCAAAUAGUUAAGGUAAAAUAUAUUUUUUUAUAAAUAUACUCUGAAAACUUACUCCUA